GUUCGAGGCGAUCAGCGUGCAAUAAUUUAGUGUUGAACCAAACAAAAAGAGUUUGUAUUUCUUGUUUGCACGUAUUUGGUAGUAAAAAACAAUAUUGUUGAUGGAAUUAAAGGCGGCAUUAAUCUAAUGCAGAUUAUUUGUAUAUGAGAGAGGAGGGACAUACAUGCAGAUUUAAUGAUUGUGAUGUUGGUUAGCCUUUUAAGUGGAUGAUUAAUGAUUAGGAAGCAUAAGGGAGAGAGGGCCAAUGUAAUCAUAAGCAUGGUGUUUAUGCUAAUUUGGCGACUCAGUAACUUAAAAUGAGGAGGAAACUCAUUUGAAACAGAUUCCGGUUAAUCGAUAUUUCUUCUUGGUUCAUUUGGCAUGAUGCAAUCAGAGCUAGCAGUUGCGUUCUAAAACUUCUUACAAGAACUAGACUUAGGCCUUGCUUAUUUAUAUUAUUGUAUGAACAUAUAGAUCAAACAAAGCCACCCCAAAAAAUUUUCUCGUAAACCAACCUGAUCCUCGCUUGUGUCAAUGGUGGCGGUGUUAUUCAAAUGUUUCUGCCUUCAGAGCUUAUUCUUUUUUGCAGCAGAUGGAAUCUCCUUACACCAGUUCUUGAUUGCAUCUGCUUUUAUAAUCACCAUGGUGCUGUACUACAGUACUAGAGUACCCUGUGUUUACCUCUUAGAUUUCAACUGCUAUUGUCCACCAGCUAACUUGAGAGCCGUAAUUGCCACUUUCAUUGACCAUUUAGAGACAAGCGAUAUUUUUUACAGAGAAAGCAUCGAUUUCCAAGUGAAAAUGUUGGAAAGAGCAGCUGUGGGAAAUGAAUCCUGUCUACCUCGCUCUUUUCACGAGAUACCAUCUGAUGGUUCUUUGAGUGCAGCUCGGCAAGAGAUUGAAGAAGCUCUUUUUACAGCUGUGAAAGAUCUUCUCUCCAAGCACAAAAUAGAUCCUAAAAGCAUUGAUCUGGUAUCAAAUUGUAGCAUUUUCUGUCCUACUCCGUCUAUUACAGCCAUGGUGAUAAGCAAGUACGGAUUUCGAAGCGAUAUUAAGAGCUUCAGCCUCAGUGGAAUGGGCUGCAGCGCUGGAAUCUUGUCGAUAAGUUUCGUGAAAGAUCUCCUUAUAGUUCAGAAGAACGCUUUGGCUCUAGUGCUCGGUACCGAAGCCACUACACCCAGUAUUUGUUGGGGUAAAAAUAAAUCCAUGCUGGUAGCCAACACUUUAUUUCGAAUGGGAGGAGUCGCUAUUCUACUAUUCAACAGGAAGCAAGAUAGAUGUAUGGCCAAGUACAAGCUUCAGCACAUUGUUCGAACCCACAUGGGAUCAGAUGAUCAAUCCUACAAUUCUGUCUUUCAACAAACAGAUGAAGAUGGGCAAAAAGGGGUGUCACUUUCAAGGGCUCUUUUACACUUUGCUGCAAAAGCUUUAAGGACCAAUAUUUCAGAGUUAGGCCCCCUCGUGCUACCAUAUUCUGAGCAGCUCCGAUACGGGUGGUCAGUAAUUCGCCAAAAAAUUUGGUCCGCUGAGCAGAAGGAAACUUAUGUGCCAAAUUUCAAGAAAGCGUUCAAGCAUAUCUGUAUACAUGCUGGUGGUCGCGCAGUAAUUGAUGGAGUGGAGGAUAGUCUCAGGCUGCAAAAGGAAGAUGUUGAAGCAUCGAGGAUGACACUAUAUAGAUUUGGAAACACAUCAUCUUCGUCGCUUUGGUAUCAACUGUGCUACCUUGAGGCAAAAGGAAGGGUGAAGAAGGGGGACAGGGUUUGGCAAAUUAAAUUUGGAAGUGGCUUUAAAACUAACAGUGCAGUCUGGAAAUGCAUUUCAGAUCUUGAUCCCAAGGAAAUCAACGCAUGGUCUGACAGAAUUCAUCGGUAUCCUGUAACUAUUCCAAGUGUUAUGGAUCAUUGAUACUACAAACGUCUCCUGAUAUGUAUUGAGUUUUUCGCUGUUCAAUAACCUUACAUUUAUUUAAGAUAGAUUCAGUUUUCAGAUCCUUACUACUCAUGGAAAGUGCAUCCCAGCUUCCAGUUUGAUUUCAAGGGAAAGGAAUCGAUCAGAUGCUUUUGUUAGUCAUGGAUUUCCAACUUAGCACAGGCCCUACGGGGUGCUCUCGAGCUCCCUUUGAACAAUUUAGAACCUGUGCGACUAGACAUGGGCUUCCCAACCAAUUCUGCAAUUCACAAACAAGAUGGAGCAGAAUUGAAGUAUGGUUUACGGUUAGGAGUUGGGGUUUGGGUUAAGGAAUCCUUUUUAUCAAGUCAUAAACCAUCCGAAAUCUACAAAAUUGAAACAUGCCGUAUCUCUUGACCAAUCUGCUAUCCUCACUAUUUUC